AUGUCGUUGUUGCCGCAGAACGUCCACGUUGCGCUCUCACAGCUCCUGCUUGCACUAGCAUCUGCCGACAAUAUAGUGCGGGCACAGGCCGAGGAACAGUUAAACAAUGAAUGGGUGAAGGGCCGUCCUGAUGUUUUGCUCAUAGGGCUGGCGGAACAAUUACAAGGCGCUGAGGAUGCCGGGACGCGAUCCUUCGCCGCUGUUCUGUUCCGUCGGAUAUCGACACGGUCAACGAACGUGCCCGAUACUUCCGAAUCUAAGGAGUUGUUCUUCACACUUUCGAAGGAGCAGAGAGUGGCUAUUCGAGAAAAACUGCUGGAGUCGCUAGGAAGUGAGAGUUUGGCCCACGUACGAAAUAAGAUUGGUGAUGCCGUGGCUGAAAUUGCGGGGCAAUAUGCCGACAACGGGGAACAAUGGUCUGAACUUCUUGGAGUGCUUUUUCAGGCUAGCCAGUCUACUGAUCCUGGUAUGCGUGAUUCCGCGUUCCGGAUAUUUUCGACGACACCAGGUAUUAUUGAGAAACAACAUGAGGAAAUGGUGGUGGGUGUGUUCGCGAAAGGUUUUAGGGAUGAGAAUAUUUCUGUACGCAACCUUACAUUCAAAGGGACAAAACGAUGCUUCUUGCGUUUACUGAUGAUUCCGGAAUACAACUAUAAGGUCAGGAUAUCCGCGAUGGAAGCAUUUUCGUCAUUCUUCCGAUCCGUCACCAAGAAGAGCCAAAGCAAAUUCUUCUCCCUAGUCCCUGAUGUUCUCAAUAUAUUGCCUCCCCUGAAAGAGGCAGACGAGAGUGACGAACUGUCCAAGGCCUUCAUUUCGUUAAUUGAGCUCGCGGAAGUGUGCCCAAAGAUGUUCAAGGGUCUCUUCAACAACCUCGUAAAGUUUAGCAUCAGCGUUAUUGGUGAUAAAGAACUGUCCGAUCAAGUGAGACAGAAUGCGCUGGAGUUGAUGGCUACGUUUGCCGAUUAUUCCCCAAAGAUGUGCCAGAAUGACCCGACAUAUCCAGAAGGAAUGGUUACUCAGUGUCUGAGUUUGAUGACUGAUGUUGGUUUGGAUGAUGAGGAUGCGACUGAUUGGACGCAGUCAGAGGAUCUUGAUCUUGAGGAAAGCGACAAGAACCACGUUGCUGGCGAGCAAUGCAUGGACCGCCUUGCCAAUAAACUUGGCGGCAAGGUAAUCGUGCAAGCAACUUUCAGCUGGGUGCCUCGCAUGAUGUCAUCAACCUCCUGGAGAGAUCGGCAUGCGGCGCUUAUGGCGAUUUCUGCGAUAUCUGAAGGUUGCAGGGAUCUUAUGGAGGGCGAAUUGGGUCAGGUUCUCGCUCUUGUCACACCAGCUCUGCAAGAUCCACACCCGCGAGUCCGUUUUGCUGGGUGCAAUGCCCUUGGCCAGAUGAGCACCGAUUUCGCACCAACCAUGCAGGAGAAGUACCAUUCAAUUGUUCUUGGAAAUAUCCUCCCCGUUCUGGAUUCGACGGAACCCCGCGUUCAAGCCCAUGCCGCUGCUGCGCUAGUUAACUUCUGCGAGGAGGCUGAGAAGGAGAUUCUUGAACCUUAUCUUGAGGAGCUUUUGAGACGUCUGCUGCAACUAUUGCGAAGCCCCAAGCGAUUUGUUCAGGAGCAGGCGUUGUCUACGAUCGCUACGAUCGCUGAUUCUGCGGAGGCUGCAUUUGGCCAGUUCUAUGAUAUGCUUAUGCCACUGUUGCUAAACGUUCUGAAUGAGGAACAAUCAAAGGAAUUCCGAAUUUUGCGUGCGAAGGCUAUGGAAUGUGCCACCUUGAUCGCGCUGGCGGUUGGAAAAGAGAAGAUGGGCCAGGAUGCCUUGACUUUGGUACAGCUUCUUGGAAAUAUCCAACAAAACAUUACGGAUGCGGACGAUCCUCAAUCUUCGUAUCUUCUCCAUUGCUGGGGCCGCAUGUGCCGAGUUCUCAAUCAAGAUUUUGUUCCAUAUCUUCCCGGAGUUAUGCCGCCACUUCUCCAGGUUGCUGCUGCCAAAGACGAUGUUCAGAUUCUUGACGAUGAAGAGCAAUUUAAACAGUCGACUACACAUUGGGCGUUUUUCUUCCAUGACCCGGUCCGCGUCUCGUCUGCUAACUUAAUCCCCCAGCUCUUAAAUUCUUACAAGAAAGCUCACGGUGAUCAAGCUCCUGAAUUCUUGCAAAUGUGGUCCAAGACCGCCGACAAGCUUAUCGAGGUUUUAAGCGCAGAGCCGGCCAUUGACACACUUGCGGAAAUGUUCCAAUGCUUCUAUGAAUCAGUUGAAGUUGCCGGGAAGAAUAGCUUAACCCCCGUUCAGAUGCAAGCAUUUAUCGAAUCUGCAAAGUCGUCGCUUGAGGAUUAUCAGGAACGAGUAAAUCAACGCCUGGAAGCAAAUGCAGAACUCGAGGACGGGGACGAUGAUGCGUACUCUUACAAUAUUGAAAUUGAAGAAGACCAGAACCUUCUCAGCGACAUGAACAAAGCCUUCCACAUCAUCUUCAAAAAUCAUGGCCCAGCUUUCUUGCCUGCCUGGGAGCAACUGCUACCUUGCUACGAUGCCUUCAUCAUAAGCCAGGACCCCACCCAACGACAGUGGGGCAUUUGCAUCAUGGACGAUUUGCUCGAGUUCUGUGGCGAGCAAUCGUGGAAUUACAAAGAUCACAUCAUCCACCCGCUCCUUAAUGGCAUGCGGGAUGAAAAUGCUGCGAACCGGCAAGCGGCAUGCUACGGUGUCGGCAUGGCUGCGCAAAAAGGUGGGCUAGCAUGGAGCGAGUUUGUCGCUGCGAGUAUCCCUACCCUGUUCCAGGCGACUCAUCACCCUAAAGCCAGGACCCAAGAACAUAUAUUCGCGACGGAAAACGCGUCUGCCAGUAUCGCCAAGAUUUUACACUACAAUUCUAGCAAGGUGCAGAACCCGCAGGAGGUUGUGGAGAAUUGGUUCAAUACUUUGCCCAUUAUCAAUGAUGAGGAAGCGGCGCCCUAUGCGUAUUCGUUCCUGGCGCAGCUUAUUGACCAGUAUGUAUCCAUUCCCAAACUUUCCUUGAACUCAGAUUUCAAUUCCUCGCGCUUCCCACCAUUAUUUCUACAUCAUGCACAAAACCCUGUAGUGUUUAACAAUGCAACAAAGGUGUUUACGUUCAUUGUACAGGCACUCGAAGCAGAAACGCUGCAAGGAGCUACAGCCGCUCGCGUCGCGAGCUCAGCGAAACAACUUGCGGCAGCGUCAGCUGUCAACGUAGAUCAGAUCUUCGCAAAUGUUAACCCUAAAUACCAGGUGGCCGCUCUUGGAAUACUCACUACCUGA